GAGAAUUUUCUGUGGUGAAUAUAGUUUGCCAAACGAGAUAUUGGGCACUGCAUAACCAUCAAUAAAUAUGGAUAUGACAAAUAGAAUGAUACGGGAAAGAAAACAACAAAUAUUCAAUUUAUAAUAUGCAAAAUUUAAAAAGAUCAGUCUCAACAUGGAUUCUCAUGGAUGCAAUUGCAAAAAUAUAACAAUUACAGAAGGAAUUUUUGGAGAAAUCUGGGUUGAUAAUAAUGAAGGUCCAAUGCUUGUCAAUCCUGUACCAAAAAUAAUAAAAUCAUACACUAUCACAAAUGAUAAUCGAAUGGAAGUUGUCAUCAUUACCUGGGGUGCUACAAUUAUAUGUUUAAAAUGUCCAGACAAAUAUGGACAUUCUGCUGAUAUUGUUCUUGGAUUUGAUAAUCUGAAAGAAUACAUGAAUCCUGUGACAAAUCCAUUUAUUGGAUGUAUACUAGGUAGAUGUGCAAAUCGUAUUAAAAAUGGUCAUAUUACUAUUAGAAACAGGGAUUAUCAAUUAAGCAGAAAUGAUUAUAAUGGAACACAUCAUUUACAUGGAGGAGUAAAUGGAUUUGGACGUAAAAUUUGGGAUUCAUACAUUAGUGGAUGUGCAGUUGUCAUGAGUUAUUUAAGCCCAGAUGGAGAAGAAGGCUAUCCAGGUGCUGUGUUAACUACAGUAAGAUUCAAAUUAACUGCAGAUAAUAAGUUGGAUAUAUGUAUGCGAGCAACAACAUCCAAACCAACAGUUGUGAAUUUGUCAUAUGGUUCAAUGUUUAAUUUAGCUGGGCAUGAUGCAGGAGAAACAGAAUUGAGAAAACAUAAAAUAUUAUUUAAUUGUGAUCAAUGGACAUUUGCAGAUUAUAUAGAUCCUGUUCCAACAGGUGCAAUUCGUAGUGUAGGUGGAACAGUAAUGGACUUUAGAAUACCACGAUGUUUAGGAGAAUACUUGGAGAAGGUACCAUCUGGAGAUGGUUAUGACCAUAAUUUUUGUGUUACAAAAAAUGGACAAUCUGGAAGUUUAUUUGUUGCAAAAGCAUGGCAUGUGAAAACUGGACGUGUUUUAGAAAUCUACUCUAAUCAAUGUGGAGUACAGUUUUAUACUGGUGGUCAUAUACCGCCUACAAUUUCACAGAUAUCUGAUAGUACAGACUUAUUAGAAGAUGAAGAGAAAGAAGAGGUAGAGGGAAGUAUUAAAAGUUAUAUGAAUGACACUGAAGACGAAGAAGAAAUAAAAAUUGAAAAAUCAUGGAAAGGAAUAAUUACCAAACCAAAAAAGUUAGAAUUUAUUUUAGGAAAACAAGGAGCCCAUUACAAAAAAUACUGUGGUUUUACUAUUCAACCACAGAAUUAUCCUGAUGCAAUACAUCAUGUAAGUACAUUACUUAAAUACAAAUGUUAAACAUAAUAAUUAAAAUUUUUAAAAUAAAAAAAUAUUAAAAAAAUAUAUGUAAUGAAUUCUUUCAGUCACAUUUUCCAUGUUCCAUAUUGUACCCUGGUCAAGUUUACUGUCACGAUUUGACAUACAAAUUUAAAGUACAACUUGCAAAUUUUAUGUAAUAAAUUUAUAUAUUUCAUUAUACUACAUUAUGAAGCAGCAUUUUAUAAGUAAAGCUGUUUGAAUUCGAGUAUGAUUUUUAAUUAUUUUUUAUUGCAUUCAUUUCGUUUUCUAGUAAAAAAUUUAGCUAUAGUACCGAUCAUGCUACCAAAGGUAUUAUGAGUGAUUACGGUACGUUGAAUCCAAUGUGGAAGCGCUUUAGUUUUUUGGGAAUAUCGUUUAUCAAAUAAAACAACUGAUGAAUAAUCAUUAAUAUGUCGGAUGGCUCGUCCAAUACAUUGAUUCACUGCUUUCAUACAAGCAUUCUCAUAGAAGUUUUGUCCAGCAUUUGAUUUCUAGUAAACAGAAAAAAUAAGGAUUUGAAAUUAUCUACAUUACAUUUUACUAUAAAAAGAAUAGGUACAUACAAUGUUUUCAUUUAAAUAUUUCAUUUUCUCUUGUAGUUCCAGUGAUUUAACAUUCGGGUACGGCAUUCCUAUAAUUAUAAUACAUCUACCCAAAUCAUCAGAAAAAUUUAAACCUUCGCUUAGUUUACCACCUACUACACUAAAUAAUAAUGAUCCGUUUUGUGGACUUUGUGGCUUUUUAAUAUGGUGCGAAUACUGUUCCAAAAUUUCAUUUGCCUGUAAAAUUUAUAAUUUAUACAAAAGUUUAACAACAAUUUGCUACAAUUAUAUAAAUGAAAAAAAUACUUGAGAAGCUAAUUUGGGUUCUCGAAAAACACAUUUCUUUGAAGAAAUUUUCGCUAUAAUACCAGAUUUAUCUAAGUGUUUGUACAGCAGUUCUUCAAAAUUAUAAGAAGGUAAAAAUACUACAAUUCCAGCUGGUACAAUAUUACAUAUAUUUACUAAUGCUCUGCCCAGUU